CAUUUUUAAAUUCUCUCCUAAUUUUAGUUCUAUUCCUCGGUUAACUGGGUUUACCGAACUCUACGGCAUUCGAGCGUGGGACAUCUCGUAUGCGCGCAUGACUGAUUCAGCGACGUGCUCGAAAUCAUAUCAAGAAUUCGUUAAAUUUGGCAAAUUCUUCACAACACGUUUGGUUCAAGCACUUGUUCAGUCACGUCUUGGUCAGCUUAUUGUACAGUCAUGUAGUGUAUUACCGGAUUCUACGGAUUGGUUCAGUAUACGAAUUGAUGAGCUAGGUGAAGUGGCAGCACAGUUACGUACAAGCGUCACAAAAUAUCCUCCGAACGCCAACUGUUUCACUUUGGAUUUUCUGCUUCACACCGCUGAUGGCGAUGUCCUACCUUUGGAAUCCUGGUGUGUCCGAUAUGAAUCGGAAUUGUUCGAUGGAAACGUCAACGUAAGAACCGAACUAUACCACCAGUUAGGGACACUUUUGAAAUCAGCAAUUGUAGCAUCACGAAUGACUCCAGCUUAUCGUUAUUAUGUUCGUAAACAAGGCCCUGACACUUUCAUUAUUAUGUACAGAGUUUACGAAAAAGAACCAGAAAUGGAUUUGGGUGAAGAGCAAAAAAAGGUUCGUAUCGGUUUGGUAACAUCUCCAUUUGGUGGAUUUUCUGUUGAUCUGCUCUAUCGUACAAAGAUGGAAAUUGACCGUACAACGACACAGGAAAUGAAUGUAAGCACCGUGGCUGCAUCGGAGAAUGUGGAUAGCAAUGAACAUCAGUGCAGCAUAAAUACACAUAUCCCAACGUUGAUACCAUUCGGUCCUGUUCCUGUUCGCAGUGAUGAAACUAAACCGGAAGAAAAUGAACUCGUGCUAGGAACCCCUUCACGGCGUGUGCAUUUCCAUUUGGGCCAUUCGCGAUCCUCUUCAGAUGAUGCUUGCUGCCGUGGUGAUGUAUGUAGUGAUGAAGCCGUCCUUGGCCUAGACGGGAGCAGUAAUCAGACAUAUAGCUCAAGUUUGCCGCAUCGAUUGGCAUCAGUGAAAAACCGAUCAAGGACUCAUUCAUUUCCAUUUUCAACUUUGCUUACUACGGCUACAAGUGAUUCGAUUCCAGGUGAAGGAUUUCUAGGAUCACUGGAAGGUAGUGACAAGAUAACCCCAACUUCUUCCCCUGUACAUCCUCCAUCACCAUCGCCUACUCUCGUGGCUUCUGGUUCGACGUGUUCUGCGACAAGUGUACCUAACCAUAUGCAUCAGUGUGCCACUGUUCCCUCUGGAGUAAGUUUAAUAAAUAAUGGAGCAAGUGGAAAACAGGAAGAUGAUUCUUCUGCUGAAGAAACGGAAACGCAGAGCGAUGACGAUGAUGAUUUGACAAGUAGCGACGGUAGUUAUGUCAAGGUGGCAUUUGGAAGUAGUGAAAGUUUGGCAGAUGGUUUAGGCGAAUUCAUGAAGCAGUGUAGGUCGGCCCCAACUCAUCUUUCAUUUCAGAUUGACAGCACAUCUGUCAUUCCCGAACUGUUGGCGCAGUUUGAAAGCAAUCAAAAGGUUUUCGAUAAUUUCUUGGAAGAAAUCAAGAAGAAAGUAGAAAGUGAAGAAGACUGAUUACAGGUCACACGUAUUUUUCUGGCUGCUUACUUAAUCAUAUCCGGUGUUGAUUAUAACUCCGUUAGCACUUCUUUCUAACCCGCCCGAACAUUCUCUGCCACUUUUUUUUCUGCGAACUGUCUUUGGUACAAAGGGAAAGGAAAAAUUUUUGACGAAUUAUUCCCGAUUUAUGAGUUAACCAUUGUAGGCUUAACUGGAAUGGUGGAUUAAAAUAAACUUGGGAGGAAAUACUCGGUCGUAUUGGGCAUGCUUUUGUGCUAAUUUUUGGCCGAGUAAUCUGUCGGCCAGGCGAUAUCGGAAAAUAUAGUGAAGACGAGGGACGAAGUUAAUAUCAGUAAUAGUGUUUGGUAUAUUGUUGUUUCAAUUAAUUUACCUUCUGUGCUUCCUUCAUACAUUGUGUUUUGGUUAUUUCAUAAUUCACUGUUAUUAUAGAUGAUUAUGAUAACCACAGUAGUCAAUGACUGAUAAAUUCUUCAAGAAA